AGUUGCCUGCAGAAAGGAGUACGAGGCACCAGAGGUUCGUCCGUCCGUACUCCCGCUUAUCUCACUUAUUGCUUAGACAAUUAUAAAUAGUGUACUUAUUAAGGCAUCUCUACAACGCUCUGACUGACCCAGGGCCAAGCAAGGAAGGACGACCCACCAUCAUUGGAGACCAUGUCGAGAUCCAAGGACCUCUUCACCAAGUACGACCUGCCGACAAAGACCUGCGUCCAUGCCCUCUGCGAUGGCGAGAUUUGUAUUCUUAAUCCCAUCCACAUGAGGGACGUUCUCGAGUGGAAGUACGUGUCUUGUCUCCAUGUCCCGAUGAUGGGAGGAUUCAAGAGGUUGAAGGGGACGAGGAAGGUGACGAAGGGGAAACCUCAACGGCUAGCGAUUUACUAUAUGAAGCGUGUUAAAAAAGGGAAACAUGUGAAAUUGUGGAGUGGCGAAGAAGUAUUUGACUUCAUACAAGCACAUAACAUCACAUUAACCGUGGAUUUAUUUACAUUUAACCCCAAGAUAAACUGCGAACUUACUAUGGAAAAAAAUAUCUGGUGGCGAAAGUGUAUGGUCGAGGAUGUAUCAAAUGGACAGGAAGUCCUUCAAAUACCUGCUGUUAACUUAGUGGAUGAUGAAGUUCCAGUAAUUGAUGAGUACCUACUGACCAGUGUGUUUUCUAAUGAUCGGGCAUGUACUAAACGAACGCAUGUAUGUUGUGACUGUGAAGACAAUUGUAAGGACAAGUUGAAGUGUGCAUGUUUUCUCGAGACUUUAAAAUGUUACAAUCCAGAAGAGAGAAAGAUACUAAAGAAGGAUGAAAACAUUGGAUAUGACUACAAAAGACUGCCAUUCGUUAGACAGAACUUGUCUGGAAUAUACGAAUGCAAUUCAAAGUGUCAUUGUAACGAACAAUGCUUAAAUCGAGUCGUCCAGUUCCCUACGAAAUGGAAGCUUCAGUUGUUCAAGGAUGAGGAAAUCAAGGAAAAGGGAUGGGGGGUUCGCACCUUGAACGACAUCCCGUCAGGUUCAUUCGUCGGCGUGUAUACGGGCACGAUGUCGCAGGAGAGCCAAGCUAAUCUGAAAUGCAGCUCCGCCGAGUGGUUAACAGCUGGAAAGUGGAAGUAUAUCGUGAAUCUGCAAGUAAUGCAGAAUGCGAUGAAAGAAACUGUCAAAAUCAAGCCGAGAAUUGAACCCAAAAACAGAACAACGAAACAACUUGCCGUGAAGUCUGUCCCGCUAAUCCCUCAAAUCUCGUUUGGUUAUCUUGAUCUCAACAAAGUCUUCUCAGUUUCGCCAGAUGUUCUGGGAAAGUACAACAUCUCCCAGCCAAAACUUAACGUUGAAAUGGCGAAAUCGCUAUCCAUUAACGUCACCAAACGAAAUAUGAUACUGGAAUUCUUGGAAGCGAAGAGAAAGGAACAAAUGCUAACAACAGGCCAAACCCCGGCUAACCAAGAGAUUAAGAAGAAUAGUAACAACCUUACUAAAAAGACUAAACAAUUCUUAACUUAUACUUCAACCGCAGAAAAUUCUACGUACAAAAUACCAGAAAAUCUUCGUUUUAAUUUAGUAUUGCAUAAAAGAAAAAUACUCGUAGCCAAGAAGAAAGGACAAUCAUCUGCGCCUUCAUCUGCAACUUCCACUGCCUCGCUAACCAUGCCACUGCCGAAGAAUGGUGAAAUCGUUCCUGAUACAUAUCUCCCUGUUGUUCAGCUCUCCAAUAUUUUGACGGAAAUAAAAAAAUUCAAAGUUGACCCAUUCAUCGAUGACAACGAUGAAAAUAAGCCGACCAAAGAAGGGGUAAAGGAAAUCAAGCUUCAGGUCGUCCAGGCGAAGACAGAGGAAAUAGUGGACAAAGCGAAAAAAGUUCUAAAACCAAUGCGAGGUCGUCGAAAGACGUCCAAACCUGCAGUGAAGUCUCAACAAACCGUAGCAGCGACACCUGAACAACACUCGAGCAGAAGCAAACGGACUUUACCACCACCGUCAUCCCCCUCAUCUGCUGUUGCCAGUGGGUCUAAAACAGCCAGCACGAACAAUACCGCCAAGAUCCCACGACUUGAACUGUCGCCAAAUAAAGGGCAAGCAUCGAGGAUGGCUAGGAAUGAUGCAUUUUCGCCUCCACCACCACAGGUUGCUCAACGAACAAAAGUUAUUGCUGUUCCUGCUAGUCGUGUAUCACCGCCACGGAAUAAAUUGCCAGUAUCUCCCAUCAAGAAUCUGGCAAUGUCGCCUCACAAGAGUUUACAAGGGUCGCCUUUAAAGAAAGCUGCGUUAAAGGUGAAAGGAAAGUAUGCUCUCCGACAGGCAACCGAAAACAAAAACUACACGUUUAAGCAGUAUGACCACUUGCUGAGAGUGCAAAAACAUUCUAAAAUUCAGCCAAAAAUUAAGGUUUCGAAAGAUUUAUAUCUCAUCGAUGGGAGGAAGAAGGGUAAUAUUGGACGUUACUUGAACCAUUCGUGUGAUCCAAAUGUCUAUUGUCAAUACGUUUUUGUUGACACGCACGAUGUCCGCUUUCCCGUGGUGGCUUUUUUCGCAAUUAAAGAUAUCAAAGCUGGAACGGAACUGACCUGGUCGUAUAAUUAUGAUGACGACUGUGACAUGGGCAUUGAUCCACUAGAGUGCAAAUGUGGAGCCGAUAAUUGUAGAGGGAUUUUAAUAUGUUAACCAGACACUAAGAGUUUUUAUUAGUAUGAAAGUUUUGACUUGUUUGAUAUGAUGUAUUAAGUUCUUGCAUGGCAUGACUUAAAUUUCUAUGUAUAUAGAAUAUGGACACUGUCUUCGUAUAGUUUAAAUUUUAAUGUUGGACUGAAGGGGAUUACUCUACGAUUCUGAUGUCCUUUGAAUAUUGUGCAGUACUUGGUUGAUGAACGAAUUAGAACCAAUCUGUGGCCCGCCACACCCCCUCAAAGACACUGUUUUCACUUGUUCCCAAUUUCCAUUUUAUCGAUAUUUAGAAAUUUCCUGUCUUCAUAAUUCUAUAUAUUUGAAUAGUUGUUUUAUCGUCAUAUCGAUCUGUUAUCGAACUCAAUUUUUGAUCUUUCUAGUAUAUCAAUCAAGUAUAUUGUAAUCUUUUCUGAUGAUUUUCAAAAGAUUGUGCUUGAUUGAAGCCAAUUAUCAAGAUCAAGAAAAUACAAAAAUUAUCCAAAUUCACUCCAAAUUCACUCCAAAUUUAAUUUGUGCAAAGUUAGGAAUAAGUGAAAAGGGGUUUUAUUCGUAUCCUUGAGGGGACCAGGGAAUAAAACCCUCCUUCAGUUUCCCUACACUCGCUAAUACUACAACAUUUCCAAAGGCAUCAAAAUCAGAGAUUGCCACAAUUAUUAAAGUAAUGAAAAAAAGACUGUUUAGGUUUGACAAAUAAAUUAAAAUCGUUAGAAUCUUACAAUGAAAUAUAUAUCUCACUGAGCGACAAGAAUUAUUUGAAACUCA